CACGCCCGUAAAAACGUGGGCAUUUGUAGAGUGGAACCGCGAGCCUAAUAACUUUGAUGGGAAUGAACACUGUGGGGAAAUCACAAAGAAUGGAGUCUUUAACGACGACAACUGUGCCUCGAAAAAAGGAGCUUUGUGUAAAUACAAACUACAACCAAGACUUCAUUCGAGACAUGACAGGAUCGUUCUCUUUACGUAGAAAGAGACCUGUUGGGUGGUGGACAGGGCUAACAGACUUACCAUCGGGAACCUGGCGUUGGAAUAAUAUUCCGAAUCCUGCCGAUCUUAACUUAGUGGACUGGAACCAAGAACCUAACAGUUACGGAAGCGAAGAAUAUUGUGCAGCUAUCCACUAUGACAGCACUUUCCAUGACCAUGGUUGCGAGUAUAGAAUCGGCUCAAUAUGCCAGAAGAAAGAUAACGCCAACGGUGUAACCACAGUUGCAGGGAGCAUUUUCACCAUAGCAACCACAAUACUCACCAUAAACAUUUUUUAACUAAAAUUAAAAAAAUUGUCUGCAUGAGAUAAGUACAGAAUAAGUACC